CAUUUCAUACAAUUUGAGCGUGUCUCUUCCGAACACUUCGCGCUUCUCUUUAAGCUACCUCUUCUUUUUAACCCUUUAUCGGUACUGUGAGGUCGCCACCGGGCUUGUCACUCGCAACUUUAUCCACCCUGAGGUCUUAGGAGGUCAUUGAUACUGGUCACGACCUGCCCUGAGAAUGUUUUGUUAGAAUUAUUAAUAAUUGUUCUUCGCCCUUUAUGAAUUCACUUUGAUCUAAUCUACUUUAUCUAGGAUGUUCUUUCCAUCGUGUAGUUUUGUCCUGGUUUCACCUAGUGCUUAAGGCAAUGCUUAAUAAAAUUUUAAGCAACAUGUCGACGCUUGAAAAUCUAAGCUCGCGUCUCAUGAUGCCUGCUAAAGAUCUGGCAGAUUGGAAUUUUCCUCUGGCACAGGUUUUAGAAGAGUAUUACAAGCUUCUCGAUAAACCCAGUGAAAUUAACUAUGGUGAAGCUGCUUUAGUGGUGCAGAAUUCUACUAAUGUGUAUUCGAGACGUGUAGAGUACUUAUUCGAUAAAACUGUUCGAAUGGGUGAAAAUCUUCAUAAUAGUCAAUCUAAUGAGGGAGAGAAAAAAGAUGCGACGAAAGAGAAAAAGUCCAAGUCCAAAUCAAAUUUCGAUUUCAAUGACUUUGAGUCUAUCAAUCUCAGCAAGGAAAUCGGCAAGAGCAUCAACCUGAAGGAACAACGAACUAAUCGUAAAUCGAUUAAAUUACUAAAUAGAAGAUUUACUCAAUUAGAGACUAAUAACUCGCAUUUAAUAUCGCCCGUCGAGAUCCUGGACAUUCAUGGAGAGAUCAUCGGGAAGAAAUAUGAUUUUCGGUGUAACCAACAGGUGACUAUGACUGGUAUGCUCGUGGAUGAGCUCACACCGAAUGACUUUCCGGUAGUCACUGACAUGCUAGACAAUAAUGCUCUCUUGAAUCCUACACAGUCAUCAGGAUACUGUUCAGACUCUCAUCAGGAUUGCGAACCAAGACACAGUGAACUUAGCUCUGAGUCCAACCGUAAGACCAGGUCGUUAAACGUUUCCGGUUCCAGUUUUGAUGACCUUCUGGAGACCACUGUUGUAUCAAACCAGCAUGAUUCAGAUUACUGUUCUUUAACGGCGAGCUCAGAGCUUUCACCAGGUAGCCUAAAAAACUACACUUCUAUCGGGAACAGGACUUCCAGUCCGGAUAGACUUAGCAAUGACUAUGUCGAGCAUGACAGGGAGGACUUUAGCGAGCUGACGCUAACAGAGAAUGUCAAUUCUCCUACCGGAAGCCACGACGCUGAUACCAAUAUAAUCAGCAAUAAUCCUGAAGAUGAGGAAAGGACUAUUACAGAUUGUCAGUGUAACGAUAAGGCCGAUUCAAACGAAAGGCAGACAAGUUCACAAGAAGUUGAUACAACUGAGAAUAAUUCAAAUAGAGAACGAACCAUUAGGGGAUGUAGUUCCAGUGAACGUGAUGAUGAUACUGUCAAACUUCCGGUCGAACUAGAACAGCGAAGAAGUAAGAGAUUAAAAAAUGCAAACGCAGCUGCCAAUGAUGACAAUACAAAAGUAUUAGAACCAAUACCAUUUAAAUGUGGUGUACCGGAAAAGUUACCAAAGCGUCGUACACAGUUCAAGCUACCCUGCCACAUAUCUCUGCUAAAAUUCAAAUCUGAAUCUCGUAAACGGAAACCAAUAUCAGAGGCAAAACGGAAGCAGCGUCUAACUAGGAAUAUCUUAGAAUACGAGUCAGAGCGCAAGAAGAUGACCAUGUAUUCACCAACUAAACAAAUGUUUACUAUCUACAAGAAAGAGGAACUUGAAGAGUUCCAAAAGACAUGCGAUCUCUGUUUCAAGAGUAUACGUGAUUACGACAUCUAUAAUUAUGAACCAGUAAGCACCAUCACGAUGGACUUGCUUGGGUUCAAAUCAAAUUUCGCCAACAAUGAUCCACUGGUGGAUCAAUUACCUUACACGACACAGAAUACCUCCGGUUCUGCGAACAUCAUCUCCACGCAGUCCAGACUCUCGCCACAACCUAGUACAUUUACACCGCCUGACACACCAGAACCCGAGGAAACAUUUAUCGCGGAUUGUUCCAUGGACUUCGAUCCAGAAAUCCAGGAUGAUGUACCGAACUACCAGACCCUGAUAGAGCGUAGAAUGUUACAGCUUCUCCAGGAGUCUGACGUUCAGACAGAGCUGGAGCAGAGGGUAUUAAAUUGGCACAAAAGUCUUAAGCCAAAACUCCUGGAAGCUGAACGAAGGGCUACGUUUCAUAUACAUGAGUACAGUGAACGAAUCCUGGAGAAUCUUUGUGAUGCUAGCACCAAGAAACUAUCAUUUGAGAGUACAUUUCACCAGGAGUCACCGACCGAAGUCGCCCGGUACUUCUUAGCUACGUUACAACUAGCAAAUUCCUACAAUAUUGCCAUCGAGCAUGACGAAGACCUUCAUCAGGAUAUGGAGUUAAUUCUACUUAAUUCAGAAACCUCUACCUCGACCGCAAUAUCGGUAAUCUCUAAAACAAAUUCCAAAAAAAGAAGGCACUUAUAAAAUAAUAUCAAUUCGAACUAUCGGACGUGCUCAUCUUCGUGGGUGAUUCUUUAACUUAACCAUUUUAACCAGUGACUUUUGCGCGUCACUUCUCAAUUACUUUUUGUACGUUCAUUUUAAAAUGGAGAAAAAUGGUUCAAAGGCAAAAGUACAAUGCAGUUAAGGUGCUUAUGAUUUCUUAUUAUAGUUUAAUACCAAUCAAUUGGAGAUUAUUAUAUUUUUGUUUUCUUUCUUUAUUUUCUACUUGAUAAUACAUAUGUAAAACUCGACGUUUUAUAGAAAAUAAGAUAAAGACCAGUCUGCUUUUUUUUUUCGAGGUUUACAGAUGAUCGACUUGGUAUUUCUCUAUUUUUUUUAUUUUCAAUUUUACUAGUUUUACAAUCACUCUUGCAUGACGACAGAACAUCACGUUCGAUGCUACAUUACGAAACUAUUUGCGUCAACAGUUUCUUUAAGAUUUUCUGAUAAUUGAAUGCAUUUAUUAGUUAUCAAUGUCAAUAGCUCAGCUAGAGACAUUGUCUUGUUUUCUUUUAAUGUGAUGCAGCUCAGCUAAUUAAUUAAUUAGCAGCUCAUUUAAUUAAUUUUUUGAAUUAUUCAAUUCUAUAAUUUUCUGUGUCCUCCCAGUGGCGAAUUUUUGUACAUAGUACUAUAUGCGAAUAUGCCUAUAAUAAUAGCUAUAACGUAACGUCUAUCCAGUCUUUAAUUUUAUAAAUCAAAAGAGGCAAACAAAAGAAGAGAAAAGUAAAAUGUUAAUACCCGUUCUAGGAAGUAUAAAAUGUAUUUUUCUACUUACGAUUGUUAAAUAAUCCGUAGGAUGUGGUAGUAAGUAGCUCCUUUAAUUUAUUCUUCAAACUGGUGAUCUUGAAUAAUUUAUUGUGGCCGGACUAUCCCUGCCAGCGGUUUAAUAAAGGUCUAUUAGCCAAUCAGCAUGAUGCUGGUUUGAACACUGAGACAUGUGGUGGUGGAAAAAGUUGUUGGAGCUGAUACGAUAUGUCAAAAUUUAUCUUUCGUUUUUUCUUAUCCUAUAAGACAGUUGUUCUUGUACUUGUAAGACUUUACGUUCAACAUUCCUUUGUAGUGUGAGCAGUUGUACAAAAGAUGAUUAUUAAUGAUAAUAAAGUUUACUUUAUGAA